AUGGUUGCGACAAACAUGAACGAGGAGAGCGGGCUAUCAAUGCCAGAUGCACCUGAUGCUGGAUCACCUUCAUCACAAGAACUCGAUGAAAUAUGGGCAAAAAAUACUGUUGUCCCAGAAUCCAUCACAGGUUGUGUUCAUGAUUUGAUUACUGAGGUAGCGCAAAGACAACCAGAUGCCCUCGCUGUUUGCGCGUGGGAUGGAGAUUUUACCUAUGCUCAACUAUCCACCUUGAGCGAUCAUGUUGCUCAUUAUCUCUGUGAGAUGGGCAAUCCACCGAGAUCUUCGGUUACUAUUCUUUUCCCCAAGUCACGAUGGACCUGUGUCGCUAUGUUGGGUAUCAUCAAAGCCGGAUGUGCAGCCAUUGCCCUCGAUUCCACUCAUCCAGAUGCGAGACUUCGAUCUAUUAUCAAACAUGCGCAGCCAAAAACAAUGAUCUGUGGUGUAGCUACUCGAGACAGAGUUUCUCGCUUGUGCGAUUCAUCCAUCCUUCAGCUCGACGAUAGUAUGCUGGAAAUUGCGGGCACCAUACAACAUCACAACCUUGAUUUGCCCAUGGUUUCACCAGAAGACACAGUCUAUAUAUCCUUCACCUCUGGAACUACUGGCGAGCCCAAAGGAGCGUGUAUUAGCCAUAGCAACGUGAGAAGUGCUGUAUAUCACCAGGGUACAGCUCUUGGCUUCCAUCCUAAGUCGCGAGUGUUUGACUUUGCACCUUACUCCUUUGAUGUAGCCUGGAGUAAUGUUCUUCAUACGCUUUGCGCAGGUGGCUGUCUGUGCGUUGCCAACGAGCAAGAUAUGGUGAACAACCUAUCAGCCGUGAUCACGGCCUUUGCAGCUAAUCUAAUCAAUGUCACCCCCACUGUUCUGCGAACGAUUAGUCCGAUCCCACCAACACUUCAAACGGUUCUUUUGAGUGGAGAAAUGCCGUAUCGAGAAAAUGUGACUCAAUGGGCUGACCGUGUUCGUCUGCUCAAUACAUACGGUCCCACUGAGUGUACCUGGAAAUGUACCUUCUCGCGGCUAAACCGCUGCGAUGAAGACCGGCCGGAUAUUGGCAGAGGGGUGGGGUUUUGCCUCUGGAUCGUCAAUCCCAACGAUAGCAGCCAGCUCGUUUCUCCUGGUACACCGGGAGAACUGUACCUCGAGGGACCUAUGGUUGGCCAAGGGUAUCUUUUCAAUCAAGAAAAGACCAGUGAAGCGUUCAUUGACAACCCACCAUGGCUUUUGUCUGGGAGUCCUGGUGUCCCAGGACGGCAAGGUCGCCUAUACAGGACUGGAGACCUAGUCAAGACACGCUCGGAUGGAAACAUCCUGUUUCUAGGGCGGAAAGAUGUCUCUCAAUUAAAGAUUAGAGGUCAAAGGAUUGAAAUUGGUGAUGUAGAGCACCAUGCGCGUGCAUGCAUGAAUGAUGCACUGACGAUUAUUGCCGAUAUCGUGCUUCCCCAGGGAAGCGACACUCCACUGCUUGCAUUAUUCGUGCAUACCAAGGACCAGGACCAUGAGGCAGUCAGGAUCGUGAUGAACAAUCUUGUGCAUGACCUAGAUGGAGUGUUGCCAGCAUUCAUGCUCCCCAGCAUCUAUCUCCCCAUUGAAGAGAUACCGGUAGCCGCCACAGGCAAAGUAAACCGGCGACAACUGCGAGACAUAGGAGGUAGUUUGUCUUUAGAGGAGCUUCUACAGUUACAGUCAGCCAUCCUACCGGUACAAGAAUACCGUGACCCGUCAACUGUGAGGGAGGAGCAGCUGCGUGAGCUCUGGGCGGACGUAUUAAACAUACCGUCGACUAGAAUUAGCACCGCAGAUAGUUUCCUCCGCUUAGGCGGGGACUCAGUUGCAGCCAUGCUGUUGGUCGCAGCAGCACGGAAGGCCAAUUUAUCCGUCACAGUUGCAGAUGUGUUCAAGAGUCCAGUGCUGAGCGAUCUUGCCCUCAUUAUCAAGGAAAAUUCCACCUUUUCUGAGGUAGAAGGAAUUACCCCAUUUUCUUUGAUGGGCCCUUCUUCAGAUAUUCAAAGGAUGCGUGAGGAGGCCGCCGGGCACUGCAAUAUCGAGGUGACUCAAGUUGAAGAUAUAUAUCCAUGUACUGCACUCCAACAGGGAAUGCUAUCUAUCACAGCUCGAAGCGAGACAAACAACGUUGCACGCACCCUAUUUGAGCUUCCUAGCCGAACGAAUCUCCCCCAGUUUGAAAAGGCGUGGCUAUGUACUGUUCAGAAAGCAUCAAUCCUGCGAACACGGGUCAUUGACCUGACCAGCAACGGUCUGGUCCAAGUUGUUGUCGACUCCCCCAUCAUGUUGAAACAAUACGAGAAUGUCACCGACUUCGUCAAAUCCUCCGUUCAAAUGGGAUUGGGGGUCCCUUUGUGUCGUGCUGGCCUGAUUUCUGGAGCGUCCCCCAGUCUUAUCAUGGAAAUACACCAUUCACUCUUCGACGGUUGGUCCACAAAGUUGAUAUUGGAUGCCAUCGAAGCCGAAUACAAUGGGAAGGUCACCCCCUCAGAAAUUCUGCCCUUCCGAUCAUUUGUGAAAUACACAAACGGGAUAGAGAAAGAAGUGUCGUCUCUCUAUUGGAAGACCUACCUGGAAGGGGGUUCUGAAACGAAGACUUACCCGUCUCCGGGAUAUCGGUCAGAGAAAAAGGUUGACUUGAAUCACAACAUCACUGAAAUGUCAUGGACACAAUCGGGGACUACACCAUCGUCAGUCGUAAGGGCUGCCUUGGCCCUGUUACUGGCCUCAUAUACCAAUUCUAACGAUGUCAGAUACGGUGCCACGAUCAGCGGGCGACAGGCCAACGUGCCCGGGAUCGAACGAAUUGCCGGGCCAACAAUUGCGACCGUACCAGUACGUGCUAGAUUUGACUGGAAUCAAACAGUCGAGAGCUGGCUUGAACAGGUUCAAUCACAGGCAGUGGAGGCCACUGAGCACGAGCAGCUAGGGCUGCAGCAAAUUGCUGGAUUGAUUGAGGAAGCCAACCUUUUCCAACUGCUUCUAGUGAUCCAGCCGGCUCAGCAAAAAGGCAGCCACGAGGUCGACGGUCUCUUCAGCAGGGCGAGUAGUGUUGUUGACAGCUCUGAUCAGCCCGGCAGUUUGAAAAUCGUCUGCAAGGAUGGAGAAGCCGACACCGUGGGCAUGUACAACCCGUAUGCGAUGAUGAUUAUCUGCCAAUUGCACGAGUCCGGAGUUGAACUGAAGGUCAACUUUGAUUCUGGAGCCAUUUCAGCCAAACAGGUUGAGCGAAUGAUGGUACAAUUCGAACAUGUGCUGCGACAGCUAUGCUUGGAUGAGUGUACUCAUAUGAGGCUACGAGAUAUAAGUGUUAUCACCAAGGACGACUUGGCUGACAUUUGGACAUGGAACGCAGCGCAGCUGGAGCCCAAGUUUGAAUCUAUCACCGAUGGCCUUCAUCGGCGAAGCGAAGCGAAGCCAGAGGCAGUCUUGAUAUCCGCGUGGGACCAGCAGCUAACAGCCCAACAGGUGCAGCUCUGGUCUGUGACGCUGGCUGGUCGCCUUAUCGACGAAGGUGUAACUCCUGGGUCUAUCGUUAUUCUGGCCUUUGAGAAAAGUGCGUGGCAGGCAGUGAUGAUGCUUGCCGCCCUCCGAGUUGGUGCAAUUGUUCUGCCGAUGUCUGUACCUGUCUCCAAAACUCGAGCCCUGCAGAUUGUUGAGAGCUUGAAGCCACAGAUUGCCGUUACUUCCAUGUCGUCCGAUUCAUCUCCAUUCCACGAGUUGGUGCCGGUCCUCGGUAUCGCCGAUAUCAUCGCCCCGGAUUGGAAAGGCUGCGAUGUUGCUGUCAAAUAUUCACCUUAUUGCCACCAGCCCAGUGAUCCCGCUCUUCUCCUGUUUACUUCAGGGUCUACAGGAAUACCAAAGGCCAUUGCGUGGAGUCACAGUGCCUUAUCAACUAACGUUCAAGCCGCACUCGUGGCAUUUGGGUUAGACGAUACGAGUCGAGUCUUCCAGUUUGCUGGUUACGAUUUUGAUGUGAGCACAGUUGAGACUCUCGCCACCUUGCUUGCUGGAGCCUGUUUGUGUAUCCCGUCGGAGACGGACCGAAAAAAUCAAUUGACGGACGCAAUCAACGGUUACAACGCCAAUUGGAUGUGUUUGACCCCAUCUGUGUCAGAGACCAUGAGACCGAGUGAUCUGCCAUCUAUAAAAACCGUGGUAUUUGCGGGCGAGAAGCUUGAGUACAAGACUGCUACUCGAUGGCUAGAUACACAAAAGACUGUUCAUAACUGGUACGGGCCAGCGGAAGCCUCGGUGGCUACUUCGUGCCUUGUGGAUUAUGACAGUUGGCGCCCAGGUAUGAUCGGGCAAGGUCGCGCCGGUUUAGCGUGGCUUGUGGAUCCGAAAGACCCAAACCUACUGGCUCCAGUGGGAGCAGUGGCCGAGUUGUGUAUGGAGGGCUCCAUGCUAGCUCAAUAUGCUGGAGCCAAUGGCGCUGCGUUGAACAAAGAGAGUUUUAUUUCCCCAUCGUGGCUGCAAGAUGGACAUUGGAAGACCCCUGGUCGACCAGGUCCAGUCUAUCGUACUGGGGAUCUGGUUGCCUAUGACUCGGAUGGUUGUAUCAUCUACCUUGGCCGCCUCCAUGAUUCCCAGCGAAAGAUCCGAGGGCAGCGAAUUGAUCUAGGAGAGAUAGAGCGGUGCAUCAAAGGAUUCUUGACAGGCCUAGUGGACACAAUGCUUGUCGCAGAGAUAUUCUCCCCCGCUUGCGGUGAUAACGAUAUUCUGGCCCUCUUCGUUAGUCCCGCUGAUGAGGCUGACCGCGCAGAUCCCAAAGCAUAUAUGCAAAAUACGUGGCCGAUCGAUGCCCUGGAGAACCAUCUUGCCAGCAUUCUGCCGUCUUAUAUGAUUCCCAGGGUCUACAUACCACUCAGUGAACUUCCUAUCGGUCCGACAGGAAAGACAGAUAGACGACGAUUGCGCGAGAUUGGAGGUUCCCUCACGUUGGCGCAACUAGCAGAAAUGCAACCGACCCGAAAGCAAACCAGAAAGGCGGCCACAGAAAACGAGAAGAUAUUGCAGCAAAUGUGGGCUCAUGUGCUGGGAGUAGAGCCAGAUGUCAUCUAUGCGACCGACCACUUCCUUCGCUUGGGAGGCGACUCUAUCAGCGCUAUGCGCCUUGUUGGAAUUGCCCAGACCCAGGGCCUUUCCCUCACUGUUGCUGAUGUAUUCGAUUUCCCGGAGCUAGAAAAUAUGGCUGAGAAAAUGGUUCACGGUGAAAGUCAUGUUGAUAUGCAAGAUAUUCCCCCGUUCUCCCUUUUACCCCUGGGAGUGGACGAGUCACACUGCCGAGCAUAUGUUUCUCAAAUCUGUUCCGUGUCGCAUGAUCAAGUUCUUGAUGUCUACCCCUGUACAGCACUUCAAGAGGGAUUACUGGCGCUUGGAGCCAGAAGACAGGGGCAAUAUGUAUCUCGCAGUGUAUUGCCGCUUCAAAGCGAUAUUAAUCCAGACCGACUCGAAAAUGCCUGGAAAAAGACAAUCGCCAAAUUGUCUAUUAUGCGGACACGAAUCGUCGAUCUCCCCGGUAAAGGUCUUGUGCAGGUUGUCCUUGAUGACAUACCCUGGAGAUUUGGUCAAAACAUCCAGCAGUACUUGCAUGAAGAUGAAUUGGAGCCGAUGGGUCUAGGAACCCAGCUCUGUCGUGCCGCUAUUAUCGACCGCACGUUUAUCUUCACGAUUUCGCACUGCUUAUACGAUGGUAGCUCACUGCCCAUGAUUCUCGAAGAACUCCAGGCACAGUAUUAUGAUCAGCCAGGAAGGACAGUUACUGGAGUGGAGCAUUUCAUUCGCCAUUUGAGCCAGAUCAGUACCCAGGAAUCGGACGAUUUCUGGAAGGCCCAGCUGUCUCGCGCUGAGUUCCGUUCGUUCCCCGUCCUUCCAUCCACAACAUAUGAGCCACAAGCUAGUGACUUCAUGGAGCAUCCGAUUUCUCUGGACUGGCCAUCCAAGGGAGCAACCCCAUCCACAAUCCUUCGUGCAGCGUGGGCGAUCCUCGCGUCACAGUAUGUGGCUUCCAACGAUGUCAUCUUCGGAGUGACAGUGAGUGGACGGCAGGCAAAUAUAAAGGGCAUGGAGAACUGCGUAGCACCAACUAUUGCAACGAUCCCAAUUGCUGUAUCAAUUGAUUGGGAAAAUACAGUCGAGACAUUCCUCCAAAGUCUUCAAAGACAGGGACUGGAUAUCAUGCCCUAUGAGCAAUACGGCUUGCCAAACAUUCAACGGGCCAACGGAGACCGUAAUUCCGGGUUGUUCCAGACAUUGCUAGUGGUCCAGCCAAUAGCUACAGGGAACAGCCUGCAUGAGGAUAGCCAUUUGUUCAAGGCACGCAGCUUUGCCUCAAGUUUGAGCACCCUGGGCAUUGAUCCUUUCAAUGUCUAUGGCCUGAUGGUCAUCUGCCAACUUACAACCUCGGGGGUUAACAUUCAAAUGAGCUUUGACCCAAAGAUUAUCGACAAGCGGCAAAUUGAACGGAUUGUCUAUCAGCUGGUGACAGUCAUUCGCCAGUUAUGUACAAAGUCCCCCGACAGGAUCACACUGGAUACCAUCCAGACAGCUAGCGAGCUUGACCUGGAGCGCUUUUGGGGCCAAAAUGCAGAACUACCCCCAAACCCAACCGUGUUUGUACAUGACAAGAUCACUCUAUGUGCGAAAGCGAGCCCCGAGGCUAUUGCCAUUGAUGCAUGGGACGGCCAGUUCACAUACGGCGAGCUAGACCAACUCUCUACCGUUGUUGCACGCAAGUUAAUUCAGCAUCUGGGAGUUAAAAGAGGGUCGGUUGUGCCGUUGUGCUUUGUCAAGACUCGAUACAUGCCACUGGCUCAGGUUGCCGUCUGGAAAGCCGGUGCAGUAACCUUGCUACAAUCAGCAGACAUGCCAGAGGAGAGAAUGAGGCGUACCUUCCAGCAUCUUACCGUCGAAGUUGCUCUUGCUUCAUCCGAGCGCUUGGCAACGGUUUCUAAGUACGCUCGCUGUAUUACAAUGGAGCAAAUUCUGGAGAGCCCGUUGGAAGAAGAUACCACGCCCCUACCAGUCCUUGAGAUGGACGACCCAGCCUCGGUUCUGGUAUCCUCUGGCAGCACCGGUGAACCAAAACAUGUUCUUUGGAGCCACCGAGCUCUGGCCGCAAAUGCAGAGGAGCCCGCCCGGCGUUUGUCGGUAACUUCCUCUUCUCGCAUGUUCCAGUUCUCAUCAUAUGAUUUCGAUGUCGCUACCCUGGAAACAAUAAUUGGACUGACUCACACGGCUUGUCUCUGUAUUCCGUCGGAAGCCCAACGCCUCGAUGGUAUCGCGGUUGCAAUUAAUCAUUUCAGGGCGAACUGGGCCUUUAUCACUCCAUCCACCGCCCGGUUGCUCCGUCCACAAGACGUCCCGGGGCUUUCCACUAUUGUGAUGGGGGGUGAAAACAUGUUGCAGGAUGACGUCGAAAGGUGGAAAGGUCACUGUGCUGUCCGCAAUUGGUACGGCCCUGCCGAAUUCCCUGCAGUUACCGUCUACCCGGCCGACGAGCCCAAUUGGUUUAGCAGUGUAAUUGCACACAUUGACUUGUUCCGCUGCUGGCUCGUAGAUCCGCAAAACCGCCACAGACUUGUUCCAUUCGGUGCGAUCGGCGAGAUCGUGGUACAAGGGCCUGCACUCGCUAGUGGCUAUGUCAGAAAUGAAUCCCUUACAGAUAAGCACUUCUACAAAAACCCCACAUUCCUCUCUCGAGGUUUUGGGACUGCUCAUCCAGGAAGGCAGGGCCGUGUCUAUCGAACAGGGGAUUUGGCCCGAUAUGAUGCCAACGGCUAUCUGGUGUUUGUAGGGCGAAAGGAUGCCCAAAUCAAAGUACUUGGUCAACUGGUGGUGCCCAAGGAGGUUGAGACACAAAUCCAACAAUGUCUCGAUCGUCCAGGCCAGCGCACUGAAGUCAUCGUCGAUACCAUAUCGCCCCCAGGUGGAGGUGGAAUGAUACUCGUUGGGUUCAUCGUCACCCAAGAUGACAUCGACCAAUUAACAAUUGGACUCAACCAGAAACUCCAGAUGGUUCUUCCUCGCUAUGCUGUGCCUUCAUGGUAUAUUGCGAUUCCGAGUGUUCCUCUGACUACAAACGGGAAACGAGAUCGGAGGCGGCUGCUUGAGAUUGCUACGUCCUCCACUCCAUCCAAUCAAAGAUCCACGGGACGGCUACCGGUCACGACCGCUGAAAUUACGUUGGCGCGGCUGUGGGCUCUGACUCUAGGGAUAGAGGCGGAGACAAUCUCGGCUACCGACAGUUUCCUGCAGGUCGGCAACUCCAUUGAUGCCAUGCGAUUGGUGGGUACCGCACAUCAACACGGCCUGUUGCUCACUGUUGCCGGGGUGAUGGAGUUCCCUAUCCUAGAGGAAAUGGCCAGGCUACUGCAGAACCUCAAGGAUGCACCAGAUGACAGCAUUGAGCCUUUUACGCUGUUGGCACCUGGCCGAGACGAGAAGCUUGCACGUCACCAGGCGGCAUCAGCUUGUAAUGUCAAUGAGGCCGACAUUGAAGAUGUAUUUCCUUGCACGUCUCUCCAGACAGGUCUGCUAGCUUUGACAAUCAAGUCCCGGGGGGACUACACCGGUCGCAAUGUGCAGGAGCUAGACCCUUCGACAGAUGUCCACCGCUUCCAACUCGCCUGGGAAGAGCUAGUGCGCACCGUGCCUAUCCUCCGCACACGAAUCGUCGAUAUUCCUGGUCAGGGAUUUGUUCAAGUCGUGAUCCGAGAGGAAACUGCCUGGAGCAAGGCCGGGAGCGUGGAGGAAUACCUGAACCAGGAUCGUCAGCAUCCAAUGGGGUUGGGAACCCCUCUCAUGCGUUGUGGGUUGUUUUCAUGCAAGUCGACCAAUGAACCAACUAGUGCUUCCAGCCCAACGCCCUGGUACUUUGCAUUGACUAUGCACCAUUCGAUAUAUGAUGGGCCGAGUUCAGCCAUGAUAAUGGGCACGCUGAAGAGUCUUUACUAUGGGGAAACACCUCUUCGACUAUGUCCCUUCCAGACCUUCGUCAAGUACGUCUGCAGUCAAAAUGAGGAAGCCGGGGUCAAGUUUUGGAAAACACAAUUUGAAAGCUGCGAAGCUUCGCAAUUUCCACUACUGCCCUCGGCUAGUUACCAGCCAAGAACAGAUUCCACCUACACUGUUGUAGUCGACAACGUUAAAUGGCGAACGGAUGGGUUCACUCCUUCUACCAUCAUCCGUGGAGCAUUCAGCCUCGUAUGUGGCCAAUAUGCAAUCUCAUCUGACGUGGUAUUCGGCACAGUUGUCAUGGGCCGCAAAGCCCCCAUUCAGGGCACAGAGAGGAUUGCAGGUCCGACCAUUGCCACAGUUCCUGUGCGUGUGCAGAUCAAAAGUGAUGCCACUAUUUCACAAUUUCUUCAAUCCAUUCAGGAUCAAGAGCGAGAUAUGGUGGCUCAUGAGCAAACAGGAUUGUCGAAUAUCCGGCAAGUCAGCACGCAGGCAGAAGAGGCAUGUCGCUUCCAGACUUUGCUCGUCAUCCAACCACCCGAGCAGGCUAUGGACGAUACUGGGUUAUUUGUCUUACAGUCUGCUGAACAGGAAGAGGCCACCCGAUACCAUAGUUUCAGCUCUUAUGCGCUAUCAGUAGUGUGUAACCUAGAGCCAGGUAAGCUGAAGGUCGAAUUCUGCUAUGACUCGGCCAUUGUUCAGUCAGAAACCAUUCAAACCAUGGCAGCGCACCUGGAUCGGGCCCUUCAAAGCAUGUGUACACAGGAAAAAUCACACACUACGGUGGGAGAUAUAAACAUGAUGACACAGACUCAUCUGAACGCCAUCUGGGCCUGGAAUAAAGAGGUGCCUGCCGCUAUAGAUCAAUGUAUGCAUGAUCUGAUCAAAAGGGUUGUGCAACGUCAGCCCAGCACGGUGGCCAUUUCUGCGUGGGAUGGCAGUUUAACAUAUGCUGAGUUAGAUCGGCUGUCAACUAGGCUUGCAACUUACCUAGUUGGCAUGGGGGUGAAAAGAAACAUGAUUGUGCCGCUUUGCUUUGAGAAAAGCUUGUACGCCAUGCUCGCCGUCCUCGGUGUUAUGAAAGCCGGCGGCGCGAGUCUUCUCCUGGAUCCAUUACUACCAGAUUCUCGUCUUGAUGGUAUAUUGCAACAGAUAAAUCCCACUGUGAUUUUGUCAUCAAUCACCCAGCAACAGCGCUGUGGUAGAUGGGUGUCUCACCCAGUUGUCUUGGGGAAGGGAUCCGCUUGUUUUGACGGCGAGGUCAACGGGACCACCGAAAGUCACAAUCUGCCGAUUGUAUCUCCAGAUGAUCUUCUAUACACCGUGUUUACAAGUGGUAGCACCGGAACCCCUAAAGGAUGCCUCAUGCACCAUCAACAAUUUACCAGUGCAGUCAUCCACCAGCAAGCCACCCUUGAAAUGAACCCAACGACACGCUUAUACGAUUUCUCCUCAUACUCUUUUGAUGCAGUAUACUGGUGCCUCUUCCAUGUAUGGAAUGCCGGAGGCACGCUAUGUAUCCCUAGUGAGGAAGAGCGGAAAAGCGAUCUGACCGAGAGCGUGCGCCGAUUUGAGACCACGCACAUUUUCUUAACUCCCUCCACUGCACGGUGGAUAGAUCCGCAACGUACUCCUACCCUGCGAUAUCUUUUCCUCGGGGGUGAAGCCGUCUUGCCAGAGGAUCUCGCUCGAUGGUCUCCACAUGUCAACACAUUUGAGGUAUAUGGACCUUCGGAAUGCUCUGCCAUUACCCUCUAUCAUCGAGUUCCCAAGACAACAACCCCUGCCGUGCACUCUAUCGGCAAAGGUAUCGGAGUUUUAACCUGGGUAGUGGACCCACAAAACCAAGACCGACUAGCACCUCUCGGAACGGUAGGUGAGCUGUAUCUCGAGGGACCUCUAGUGGGACAGGGGUACUUCCAGAACGAAGAGAAAACAGCAGCUGCUUUUAUUGAGAAUCCAUACUGGCUAGGUCUGGGAUCCCCUGAUGGAACAGUGCCGGGGCGGCGUGGUCGUAUGUAUAAGACUGGCGACCUUGUCAAAUAUCAUCCACUCACUGGAAAUCUCGCGUUCGUGGGCCGAAAGGACACACAAGUCAAGCUGCGAGGCCAACGCAUCGAGCUAGCAGAUGUUGAGCAUCAUGUCAUGCAGUGUCUAAUGGAUCGAUCUUCGUCGGGAGCUGCGCCGACGGCAGUGGCCGAGGUUAUCAAGCCAAUAGCCACAGGUCGGCCAAUGCUCGCCGUUUUUAUCGACUGCAAUCAAUCACAGUUGGCUGACUUAUUGUCCUAUCUCGAAGCUGAGUUGCCGGGCAGGGUUCCGUCCUACAUGGUCCCUGCGGCGUACAUUGCAACUCCAUCUAUGCCGAUGUCAACGAGUGGCAAGACAGACCGACGCCAGUUGCGCGAGAUGGGUUCCAGUUUGACUCUAGAACUCCUGGCACGCAGCGAUGCCCCUACAACUACAUUGGCCCCGAGCACUGCCUCCGAGUGCCACCUACAAACUUUAUGGGUUGAAGUCCUCGGUAUACCCGCCGAGAAAAUUGGGAUUGAAAGUAGCUUCGUUCGGCUGGGUGGUGACUCAAUUUCGGCGAUGCGGUUGGCUUCAUUGGCCCGUAUGCAAGGUCUGAGUUUGUCAGUUCAUAGUAUCCUCACAACGCCUCGGUUGUCAGAUAUGGCACAAGCAAUGUCUGCCUUGGUUACGAUAAAGCACAACGAGAUGGAAGUGAUUACCCCAUUCUCUCUCCUAAAGCACCCCUCGGAACAAAAGAUUAUCUUGGAUGACUUCGCAAGCCAAUGCCACAUUCAAGUCAGCCAAGUUGAAGAUAUAUUCCCCUGUACUGGUGUUCAAAAGUCGCUCCUCUCCAUGACCGCAAAACGCGCCAACUCUUAUGUCGCUCGACUCUUGCUCAAACUGAGGAAGGAUGUAGAUGAGUCACGACUCAUGGAUGCCUGGGAAAUUGUGAGCAGAUCUUCUGCUCCCAUCCUUCGUUCACGGAUUGUCAACUCUUCAACGGAGGGGCUCGUGCAAGGCAUUGUGGAUGAACCGCUACACUGGGACGUUGCUCAACCAUUGCAGCAAUAUCUCCAAAAAUAUCAAACCAGGCCCAUGGGUCUGGGUACCCCGUUGACUCGGCUUGCCAUUGCGGAAGAUGAACGCAACCAGGAGCGUUAUUGUCUGCUAACCCAGCAUCAUGCGAUAUAUGAUGGUUACUCUUUGAACCUUCUCGUCGACGAGGUAUCGAAGGCUUAUGAUGGUGUCCUUCGUGAUGAUACCCCAGUGGCAUCAUUCCAAGCUUUCAUCAAGCAUGUAAUGGAGGUCGAUGGUGGGAAAGCAAAAGACUUCUGGGGUCGUGAAUUUGCAGAUUUCGAGGCAACACCCUUCCCUGCAUUGCCUCAUGAGGAUUAUCAGCCUAAAGCAGAUAGCACAGUACGACGCAGUCUAGAGGAAUUCCAGUGGCCACAGCGAGAUGUCACUCCGUCAACCAUCAUCCGUGCAUCAUGGGCCAUCCUCGCCACGAGGUACAUGGACUCGGACGAUGUGGUCUUCGGCGCCAUGGUUACUGGCCGGCAAGCUCCUAUCCAGGGUUUGGACCGCAUGGUUGCCCCUCUUAUGAACGCCGUGCCAGUUCGAGUCAAACUUGACUUCCAACAAUCGGUCGAUAGUCUCCUCACUAAUGUCCAGAAGCAGUCCAUCGACAUGAUUGCCUACGAACAGACCGAGCUUCUCACAAUUCGGCGCAUUGACACAAACACCGAUCGCGGGAGCCGAUUCAAUACUCUUCUCGUUGUUCAACCUGCAAGCCACAGUCAGUCUAUCGAUCAUCCUAAUGGCCCCUACGAGAAUCCGAGGGAGCUAGUCUCUGCAACUCAGGACCUCGAUGACUCCAAUCCAAAUGCCAUCAUGAUCAUAUGCCAGCUUACGCAGACGAAUGGUCUGCACCUUGAGUUCAGCUUUGAUUCUAAGGUAGUGGAUGCAGCACAGAUGGAACGAAUUGCCUCCCAAUUUGAGCACGUCUUGCGUCAAGUAUGUAUGGCCACGACACAGCCUGUCGACCACAUUCAGACUCUCAGUGGUGCCGAUCUAGCAGAGCUAUGGGACUGGAACUCUUCUGUCCCGCCGGCAAUUGCUGAAUGUGUGCACAGCCUAUUUACUAGAACUGCUCAAAGCUAUGGGCCCCAGCCCGCCAUCUGCGCCUGGGACGGUCAUUUGUCAUAUUCCGAGCUGGAUCAACUUUCUAACCAGUUGGCCUCGCACUUGAUAGCUUUUGGUGUUGGUCCUGGUACUGUUAUCCCGCUUUGCUUUGAGAAGUCCAUGUGGCACCCAGUGGCAGCUCUUGGAGUGAUGAAGUCAGGUGCUGCGUGUCUCUCAAUGGACUCGACUCAACCAGAAUCCCGACUGCAGUCAAUUGUCAGACAAGUCAAUCCUCCGGUUGUCCUAGCCUCGGCCAGCACUGCCGGAUUAGCAGGUCAUCUAUCUGAUGCCGAGGUCAUGGUUAUUGACCAAGGUUACCUGGAUUCAGUGGCUAAAAAUAUUCCCACCCAGCCUUUGCCCACAGUUGACCCAUCCAAUGUGCUAUACGUGGUAUUUACCAGCGGCUCCACGGGUACGCCGAAAGGCGUCGUGACUACUCAUCAAAAUUUUGCCUCUGCUGCGACACACCAGGCAGAGAUGCUUCGUAUUCAACCAGGCACACGCGUAUUUGACUUUGUCUCAUAUAGCUUCGACGUCUCGUGGUCUAAUACCCUUCAGACAUUGAUCUGCGGAGGUUGUCUUUGUAUUCCUGGAGAGUCGGAACGUCGAAAUGACAUUGCGGGGGCCUUCAACCGCAUGAACUGCAACUAUUCCUACUUCACCCCCUCAGUGGUGCGAUCCUUGACGCCAUCGAGUAUGCCUGGGCUCAAAACUUUGGCUAUGGGGGGGGAGCCCAUUCCCACCACCGAGAUUGCUCGGUGGAAAGAGGCCGAAGCCAUUAUUGGGAUCUACGGCCCAGCUGAGUGUGCACAAGCUCUCACGUUCACAAUUCUCCAGCCUAAUGGGCCCAACAAUCAUGUAGGGUACUCAUAUGGGGCCCGGACAUGGCUGGUGCAACCGGGUUGUCCCGAUCGUCUAGCCCCGAUUGGCGCAGUGGGAGAGCUUCUCAUUGAGGGUCCAACGGUCAGUCGAGGAUAUUUUAAUGACUCUGACAAAACUGCCGCUGCGUAUAUUCAAAAUCCAUCAUGGCUGUUGCAAGGCGCGCCUGGCUUCCCGGGCCGUCAGGCGACCCUCUACAAGACGGGUGAUCUACUUCGAUACAACUCUGAUGGGUCGCUAGAUUUCCUCGGCCGUAAGGAUGGUAUGGUCAAGCUUCGGGGCCAACGAAUUGAGCUGGCCGAAGUAGAAUACCAUAUCCGUGCUAAUCUGCGCCACCCUGAUCUAAUUGAUGGUCUUGCGGCAGAAAUUAUUACCCCUAAUAACAGCAAUCCCAUUCUCGCCGUCUUUGUUGCCCUCUCAUCCCUUGGAGAGGAGCGGUCCGAGGAGCACACUUUAUCGACGCUGACACGCUUGAUUGACGGUUUGGAGGACCGACUUUCCAACUGUCUACCGCAAUACAUGAUUCCUGGCGCCUACAUCCCCAUCGACAAGAUACCAAUGACUACCACGGACAAAACAGAUAGAAGAACUCUACGGCAGUUGGGAGCCGCUCAGAGUUUGGAGACGCUGGCAAAACUGCAGUCCCACGGGAAGCCCCGUCGCGCGCCGACCACCGUCAUAGAACAGAAACUGCAAGUACUAUGGUCGGAGGUUCUUGGAAUGGAUGCGAACAUUAUCACUGCCGACAGCAACUUCCUCAGAAUUGGUGGAGAGUCCAUCGCAGCUAUGCGACUAGUGGCAGCGGCUCGAAAUGAGAAGCUCUCGCUCACAGUCGCUGAUAUUUUCAGCGCACCACGGCUCUCUCAACUCGCUCUUUUAGUACAGGAAACGACUGUGGAGGACUCUCUGCCCUUGGUGCAACCAUUCGCUUUGCUCGAGACGAAGGAUCCGAAGGCCUUCCUCACUCAAUCUGUUGAUCCCCUCCUUGACCCUGGGGCUGGGACUGUUAUUGACGUGCUUCCUUGCACCGACUUCCAAACCUGUGCCAUUUUAGAUGCUUUCCAAGACCCACCAAGCCGAUUGCCGCAUUGGAUCUUUGAUCUUCCAGAAAAUGUCGACUUCGCAAGGUUGGAGUGGUCUUGCCGCAAGCUAGUCAACCAUUAUGACAUCCUUCGUACUGUGUUCAUUCAUACGGGGGGUCGAUUCUGGCAGGUUUUGCUCCAACACUUGAAUCCGGCAUAUGACAACUUCCAGUCAGAUCAUGAUGACGAUAUUACAGCCUUUGUUGAUUCCAUUUGUGAGCUGGAUCGAAAAAGGAUUCGAUCCUUUGGCUCUUCCUUCAUUCGAUUCAUGGCAGUACGCAGUCACUAUGGGCAGCACCGAUUAAUUUUCCGAAUCUCACAUGCCCAAUUUGAUGGCUUUAGCUGGGAUACAGUCCUGCGCAGCCUCUCUUCGCUCUAUUGUGGCGACACUAUCCCUGACCAACCGAAGUUUGCCCAAUACAUCACCUAUAGGGAGAACAUGAAGGCAGACGCAUUUGCCUAUUGGACCACGCGCCUCAAGCUCGCUCCAACCCCCGACUGGAGUAGUGUAGAUUGCUCUAACUCGAACUGUGUCUACACUACCAUGGACCGGCUGACGAUGAAGGCGACGAUUCCAAUGCCUGAAGGCCGAUUGUCUGAGGGCAUGUCGCCUGCAACUUUAUUCCAUGCCGCUUGUGCUAUUGUCUUAUCCCGCCAGUACCAACAAGCCCAUGUUGUUUUUGGUCGACUAGUCACUGGUCGGUCGAUGCUACCUAGCAGCCUGCAAAAUGUGGUCGGUCCAUCUAUGACCGAAAUCCCUAUCAGCGUGCACAUUGAUGAGAAUGCAACUCUUUCAACUAUUGCAUUGCAAUUACAGCGUCAGCUCAUUGAGGAUUCUCGAUACGAAACUGCCGGAAUGGAAGAAAUUAUCCGGAACUGCACUGACUGGCCUGAUGACACAAAAGACUUUGGCUGGAGAACCUCUUUCCAGCAAGAAGAUGAGCGUAACUUCACUUUCCUUGGGGCAGAAAGUCGGAUAUCCUUCUACGAACCGGAUCUGCUGCCUCGAAACAGACCAGAAAUAUAUGCUACCCCACGGGAUGGGAAGCUGGAUCUUGAAUUCGAGGGCAAUCGCCAAUUGAUCAGUGAGGCGGAUGUUCAACGCUUUAUCCACGGUCUAAAAACAGUUUUGAGUAACGUUUGA